CUCAACAUCACGUCCGAACGGUGGGCAUGGCUCUCGUCUCGUCUCCUAUCGACAUGCGAGGAUACCUUUACGGCUGGAAGUCCUUCCGCACACAUUUCACUUUCAGAAUCGAGCCCAUCCAUCCACCUGGAGAUGGCUUGGCCUUUGUGAUGCUCGGUGGUAAGGAAAUGGGCACUGAAGGUGGCAAUUUAGGCGUCUACAAUCGUUCCGGGUGGCAGAACGUCCAGACGGUCGCCAUAGAGUUUGAUACAUAUCAAAACUCCGAUUAUGAGGACAUAAAUGCAAAUCACGUUGGCAUUGACUUUCAGACUGCAAGGUCGAAUAAAGCCAGAGAUGCUUCGGCAGGUAACAUUUCACUUGCCGGAGGUGAAGUCAUUCACGCCUGGAUCGACUACAGUGCAGUUGACGAGCAGCUGGAAGUUAGGAUUGGGCUUGACGGAAGAAAACCCAGGGACCCAUUCUUCAGCUACUCGGUAGCACUUUCUGAAAUCUUCAGUGGGCCGGUGUACGUAGGCUUCGCGGGAUCCAAUUCUGUAUUCUGCAAAUGUCACAGUUUUUACUCCAUCUUGUACUGGACCUUCGAGACUUUCUGGGAAUUUCACCCCCUGCAUUUCCUUCUAGGAUUCAUCAGUUUUGUAGUGCUUCUUGUUCUGGUCAAAUUCCUCCAUUGUGAUAGAUCUGUCUCGUCUAGUGAUUACCAGAGCAACAACUUCCCAGCUGAAACUGCAACCUACAUGCCGCUCCCGGACCCGCCUCCCAGCAAUCGCACCUCGUGA